UCUGGCUGAGCUCGGCGCUCGGCUGGUCGGCCUGGCGCGGCGCGGCGCGGCCUAGCGGCGGUCCGGCGCGGCGGGGAGCGGCGCGGUGUGGAGCUGAGCGGCGGAGCCCGGCGGGAUGGUGAAGCUGACGGCGGAGCUGAUCGAGCAGGCGGCGCAGUACACCAACGCCGUCCGCGACCGAGAGCUCGACCUGCGCGGCUAUAAAAUCCCUGUUAUUGAGAACUUGGGUGCUACUCUGGACCAGUUUGAUGCAAUUGAUUUCUCUGACAAUGAGAUCCGUAAACUGGAUGGGUUCCCUCUGUUGAGAAGGCUGAAAACUCUUCUGAUGAAUAACAAUAGGAUUUGUCGGAUUGGUGAAAGCCUGGAACAGGCUCUGCCCAGCCUGACGGAGCUCAUUCUUACCAACAACAACAUUGCUGAAUUGGGUGAACUGGAUCCGUUAUCAACUAUUAAAUCGCUGACUUACCUGAGCAUUUUAAGGAACCCUGUAACAAAUAAGAAGCAUUACAGAUUAUAUGUGAUCCACAAAGUUCCCCAGGUCAGAGUGCUGGAUUUUCAAAAAGUGAAACUCAAAGAGCGACAGGAGGCAGAGAAAAUGUUCAAGGGCAAACGGGGUGCACAGCUUGCAAAGGAUAUUGCCAGGAGAACAAAAACCUUCAAUCCAGGUGCUGGUUUGCCAACUGACAAAAAGAAAGCUGGGCCCUCCCCAGGGGACGUUGAGGCAAUAAAGACUGCUAUAGCAAAUGCCACAACUCUGGCUGAAGUGGAGCGACUGAAAGGCUUACUACAGGCUGGUCAGAUCCCCGGCAGAGAACGAAAAUCAGGCCCGUCAGAGGAGGCUGAGGAAGAAAUGGAGGAAGACGCGGUUCCCAACGGAUCGUAGGCCCGGGCCCGCUGCCUCUCCCUGCAGGGGGGCUCGGGCCGGCGCCGCCGCGGGCAACCCUCCCCCCGCACCCCGUCCUUGCGCAUUUCGGCCUUCAAUAAACGAACGUUUCUUUUUC